UUGUUUUGGUUGAGUCUCAUUUACCCUCAUUCCUUUGCAUUGAACCAGGGUCUAGCUAUGGCACAUGCCUUGAUGCUUCUGUUAGAAAGUCCUGUUCUUAUUGCUGCCAUUUUUAUUAGUGGCAUUGGUGGGACAUUCCAGUUCGGCUUUCAUAUAUCUGUCCUAACUUCACCUUCUCCUUUCAUAAAGGAGCUCGUGAACACCACAUGCCUGCAGCGGUAUAGUAUAUCCCUGGAACAGUGGGAAGUGACUCUCAUCUGGUCCUUCAUCGUCUCCAUCUUCUGCAUCGGGGGUCUCCUUGGGACCCUGUGUGCCGGCCGCCUCUCAUCAGCAUAUGGGAGAAAGAGAUGCCUGUUGUUGAACAACCUGUUUGCCAUUGGUGGUGCUGGGAUGAUGCUGUUGAGUAAAACGGCCAUGUCCUUUGAGAUGAUCAUGGUUGGACGUUUCCUCUAUGGCAUUAAUGCAGGUGCUAGCCUCAGUGUCCACACCAUGUACCUAGUGGAAUGUGCCCCCAAGAGGCUGCAAGGGAUAGUGGGUGUGUCUGUUUCCACCUUUCUGUCCAUGGGGAAGUUCUCAGGUCAGCUUCUGGGGAUCAGUGAGUUAUUGGGGACAGAGGACAGGUGGCCUUGGUUGUUGGGCUUCAGUGGUGCGACCGCCCUGCUCCAGCUCAUCACCCUGCCCUUCCUCCCAGAGUCACCCAAAUACCUGCUGCUGGACCGGGGUGACCGCCAGGGCUGUGAGAAGGCCAUCCGCAGGCUGUGGGGCAACAGAGACCACAGUGCGGAGGUGGAGGAGAUGCUGGUGGAGCACGCCUCCAUGAAGGGAGUCCGCAGCCACACUGUGUUGGACCUGAUCCUGGACCAGGAUGUACGCUGGCAGUUCCUCACCAUCCUCGUCGCCUUCACCACCCUGCAGUUCAGUGGCAUCAACGCUGUGUACCUUUACUCAUUUGAUGUGUUCCGUACUGCAGGGAUCCCCACACACCAGUUACGCCAUGUUGCCUUGGGAACCGGUCUGUGUGAGGUUUCUACCUCCAUGGUCUGUGUGAUGGUGAUUGAGAGCACAGGAAAGAAGCUAAUGCUCUAUAGGGGUUACCUAUGCAUGGCAGUUACCUUGGGUCUCCUGACCCUUACACUCUACCUGCAGAUCCAAGUUUCCUGGAUGCCUUACUGCAGUAUGCUUCUCAUCUUCAUCUUCAUCUUCUUCUUCUCCAGUGGACCAGCUGGAGUGACAGUGUCUCUACCUGGUGAUAUCUUCAACCAGUCGUUCAAAUCAGCUGCCUACACCAUCGGCUGCACCCUCAACUGGCUGGGCCUCUUCCUCCUGGGGUUGAUCUUCCCAGUCAUAGUGGAGAAUAUGGACUACUUUUGUUUCCUGAUUUUCUUCGUCUUCUGUUUCCUGUCUGGGAUGUUUGUGUGGUACAACGUGCCUGAGACCAAGAACCGCACUGUCAUGGAGAUAACGGCCGAGUUUCAGAGGAUGCAUCCCAACAGUGGAUCCUCGGGGGAGGGAAGGUCGAGACCUCCUGAACCCAGUCAUAUCAAGGCAUGCACAACCACCAAAUUCUGAACAUGUUCCAUAAUGACUUGUGUGUCUGACUUGCACAUUGUUUUGUCGUUCCUGUGAAAACAUUUUCUUUGUGAAAACUCCUCUGUUAAGAUUUGCCCCACACACCCAUGUCCAGUCUGCUGUCAUCUUGAUUACAAAUCAAUAAUUUUGACCUUUAUGAUGGUAAGUAUUGUGUGAUAAAAAUGUUACCUCUCUGGGCCCCCUAUUAAAAUAGUUUUAGUAUUGUGA